AUGAAACAUUGUCUUGCUUUUAUCUGUCUUUUGAGAACGUUUCUUCAUGCUUUGGCUCAAUGCAAUGUCCCAGCCUCAGAGUUUCAGCGUGAUGGAGAUUAUUUGAUUGGUGGACUUUUUGAGAUUCAUUAUGUCAGCAACCCUGUUCAUCAUGACAGACCAGAAACAAUCCAGUGCUCAAGUCAACCCUUCCUUCUGCAAAAUUAUCAGAGGUUUCAGUUGAUGAGAUUCUCUGUAGAGGAAAUCAAUAACUCAACGAACCUACUGCCAAAUGUGUCUCUUGGUUAUGAGAUGUUUGAUCACUGCUCAGAUGGACAGAAUUUUCCAGGAAUUUUCAAGCUGAUCUCAGUCAAUGGAUUGAUCCGACCAUGGGCUGAGCCACAAAAGCAGCAAACAACUCAUUCUGAGGUGUCCAAAGUGAUUGCAGUGGUCGGUCCUUUUACAAGCACUCAGUCUCUGACUGUAGCCCCACUAUUCAUGACGGAUCUUAUUCCCAUGGUCAAUUAUGGAUCUUCUAGUAGUUUCUUUUCAAAGAAAGCUAAAUUCCCCUCUUUCCUACGAACAGUGCAUUCCAAUAAAAAUGUCAUAGAAGUGAUUGUUAGUAUUGUGCUGCACUUCAACUGGCGCUGGGUUGCUUUCCUUCAUAGUGACAAUGAUUAUGGCUAUGAUGGACGGGAAUUGUUCUUAAAAAGGAUCAAGGAUACUACAAUCUGUCUGGCGUAUGCCAAAAGUCUGGAGGACAGUACAAGUUAUUCCCAAAUGUUCAAACAAAUAGAGUUACAGGGGAUACAUGCUGUUAUUGUUUUUGCUCCAAAAAUGACUGCUGAAACUCUCAUUAUGUCAGCAAUACAACUGAAUAUCACACAAAAAGUGUGGAUAGCAGGAGAUGCAUGGUCCUUGAACAAGAGGCUCCCAAAAGAAAAAGGCAUCAAAAAUAUUGGAACUGUACUUGGAGUGUCUCAACCAGUAGUAAAAAUACCAGGUUUCAGUGAUUUUGUGUUUUCUACUAAAAGCAAGACUUAUUCUGAAAACAAACAAAAACAUAGAUUUUGUAAUCAGGUUUGCAACUGCAGUGACCUCAGUGCAGAAGAAAUCCUUUCUGUGGACCCGACUUACUCUUUUCCGGUGUAUUCUGCUGUGUAUGCCAUCGCUCAUGCCUUGCAUAAUGCCUUGCAGUGUGACUCUAACAGAUGUAAUGGCAAUAUUACAGUGUUUCCACACAUGGUCCUGGCAGAGCUGAAGAAGUCAAACUUCACACUCUUAAACCAAAGCAUUAAGUUUGAUGAGUAUGGUGACCCAACAUAUGGAUCUUACUCCAUAGUUUUCUGGAACCACGAUGGUGAUGCAGAGGAGAUUGGCUUUUAUCAUUUUCACCCAUCGGUGGAUUUCUUCAUCAACAACAGCAAAAUUAAGUGGUAUACAAAUGGAGAAGUACCUACUUCAUUGUGUUCCCAAGAAUGUUUUGAAGGAUUUGUGAAAGAGCAGAAUGGUAUCCACAAAUGCUGCUUCACUUGUAAAAUCUGUCCAAAUGGAACCUAUAUCAACAGCACAGGGAAUCCCUACAAGUGCAUCAACUGUAAAGACACAGAAUGGUCUACAGAAGGAAGUACAUCAUGCAAUCUGCGGUCGGUGGAGUACAUUCCAUUCACAGACAUCGGUGCUAUACUGAUCAUAGCCGGAUCCUGGGCCUUGGUGGUUCUUUCAAUUGUCAUGUCUGUUCUCUUUGCCAUCAACUACAACACCCCUGUAGUCAGAUCUGCUGGUGGACCAAUGUGCUUCCUCAUUUUAGGCUGCCUCAGUCUGUGUAGUCUAAGUGUGUUCUUUUACUUUGGCAAGCCAACAACUUCCUCUUGUAUUAUAAGGUCUUUGCCAUUUAUUUUGUUCUACACGGUUUGUUUGGCAUGUUUUGCUGUGCGCUCCUUUCAAAUUGUUUGCAUUUUCAAAAUGGCUGCCAAGUUCCCAAAGCUCUACAAUUGGUGGAUGAAAUAUCAAGGACAAUGGCUGAUUAUCACAGUGGCUUUUGUUACACAGGCAUUCUUACUUCUUAUAUGCUAUGCCUCUGCCCCCCCAAAGCCCUAUAAUGAAACAGUUUGGUCCCCAGAAGAAAUUAUACUUAGUUGUUACACUAAAUUUGAAGCAUUCUCUGGUUCUGCAAUUGUACUUGUAUUUUUGUGCUUUCUUUGUUUCAUUUUCUCCUACAUGGGAAAAAACCUCCCAAAAAACUACAAUGAGGCCAAAGCGAUAACCUUCUGUCUGCUCCUGUUAAUCCUCACCUGGAUUAUUUUUGCUACUGUACAAGUGCUUUACAAAGGAAAGUACAUCCAAACUCUUAACGCCCUGGCAGUACUCUCUAGUCUCUAUUCCUUUCUGUUGUGGUAUUUCUUCCCUAAAUGUUACAUCAUCAUGUUUCAACCCCACAAAAACACGCAGCAGUACUUCCAAGGUCUCAUUCAAAAUUACACCAAAACAAUUAGCCAGUAGCCGCCAACAGUAAAUACCUCUGUUAAGGGGUUAUUUUUCCUUUUAGAGCUGAGAAGUAUCAAGUAGACUGUCUGUCUUCUUCUUGGAAUUAAUCUGAUUAUGCACAAGUAAGGAAAUUUCUUAUCAACGCACAGCAUUUACAAAACUAUCUCAUUAAAUGUAAGACAAUAGUUGUUUGGGAUGUUGACAUUUCUGUCAUUCAAUGUCCACUGAACAUUAAAGCAACAAUAUAGAACUUUUCCACCAUUAAAUAUAAGUUUCAAAGUCAAUCUAACAGUACAAACUUUAAACAGGCAGAAUAACAUUUCUCCCAUGUCAACAGAUUUCCCCGGUGGGUGGGGUUCUCUUACUAGAAAUGCGCAAGGUUUUAUGGCGCUAGCCAAUUAGCCUGUUUGAUAGAUUGGCUUACACUAAGAGCUAAGAUGAAGCUUAAAGACGGAAGAGGACGUUGUCUGAUGAAGCUAAGAAAAAAGAGAGUGACGGAGCAAGAAGCACAUAUUAUUCAUAACAGAAUACGAUGUUACUCUGUAUUGUUAUCACUGUCAUUGAUAUCUCAUGUUUAGCAGCUUUAUGGCGCAAAGGAGUCAUCCAACCUAGGGGUUCCCUCUCUGGGCAGUUGGCCCCCCUAGAGAUCUCAGGAGGAGCGCGACUCUCUGUUACAUUCUGAGGCUGUCAAAAUGAUAUUUGAUCAUAUUGACUGAUAUAAGACUUAGUGGGAAGUGUAUUCAAUAGUCUUUAGGUAAUAGCUAGUGUGUAGGCCUAUUAAG